UUGUAUUUCAAUAUACACAGUUUUAGAUAUCGAAACGAAGUUUGAAAAGCGUUGUGACACGUGUAUUUGGUCAUUCAUUGUACAUAUAUAAAUAGGUUUCCGAGAAGGUAGAUUGCAAAAUACUUUCGACACAUCACACCUGCAAUCGCUCACCCCAAGACAAUUCCACUAUGGAGAACAAAGGGAGGCAAGAUUAUCUGUCCACACAACAAUGGACUGACAAUGAUACGGGAAAUAACGAAAAGAGACCUAAAGAGAAACAUUGCGAAGAUGAGCAAGGCAAUCCUUCUAGAACGGUGGAUAUUGCAGAUAACUCAGAUAUCAGACGUGAGCAAAAUGGUAAUGAGAUAUCAGGAUGUUACAAAGAUAUGCUACAAAACAAAGAUCUACCUGCAGCUGAGGAUUUUACCGUCAAAGAUGAUAUAGAUUUAUCUGAAGAGGAACACCAACUCAGCAAUGAUGAUAAUCAUGUGAACCCAGAGAUCCUUGAAGAAGAAGAAGAAGAAGAAGAAAUACCAAUUAUGAGACCCAAGAAGGAUUCUACAUUCCUUGAUCAUCGAGUGAGUUGCCAAGAUCUUGGUAAAGGUGAAUACGAGGGAUGGCUCUAUAAAAUGAAUGACAAAAAGGGCUUUCUAUCCGGACAAUGGAAGAAAUAUUGGUGUGUUAUAAAGAAUGGAGGAAUGUACAUUUACAUUAAGAAGGAGGAUACACAAGCAAAAUUAGCACCUUCAUUGUCUGUAUUUGAAGUUUUGUCAAUCCAAGACGUCAGGCUGAAGUACUUUGCGUUCAAAAUCUUCAAUUCUGGAUCAUCGCUUGUUUUUGGAACAGGAAAAGAAAAGGAUAGAAAUGAAUGGAUAAAACAGAUCAGGAUUGCUGCAUAUUCACCUCAAAGAUCAAUGACACUGCGUAAAAGGGAUGCUGUGACAUCUUAUGUAGAAGCUACGGACAAAGCUACAGGGGAUGUUGUGUUAGAAGGUGCACGUAGUAUUAAUUGGACCUUGGACAAUUUCCGUAAGCUAAAAGAGAACUUUGAAGAAGUAAGCACAGAAAUAAGAAGAAAGAAAUAUCAUUUGAAAGAAUUAUUUGAGAAUAAGAUGUCAGAACUUCAGAGCAAGGAGUUAGAACUCAUGAACAUUGAAGACUUGCUUGAAAGUGGAAACAUUGAACUCUUAAGAGAAAAAUUUAAAAAAUGGACCUCUUAAAAGUAAAAAAAAAAGUAUUUUAUGUAUCACAAAUUUUUCAACUGGUAAUUAAAGAGAGAUGAAUCGUUAAUUUUCAGUUUUAUCUGAAUCUUAUUCACAAAACUCAC